AUGUUUGUUCGCGUUCAUGCACUAACAGUUGUUCUCCUCUGGCUGUUCUUUCGCUUCGUGAUAAUGGGGAAGUGUGUCUUUAACGGAAAGGGGAAGGCAAAUGAAAAAUUUAAGGCCUGGAUUGCAGCCGAUCCUACGUCAAAGUCCAAAGCGAUGUGUGUUGUUUGUAAUAGGGCAAUUGAUAUUUCAAGCAUGGGAGAAGUUGCUUUGCAAAGCCACAUGAUCAGCAAGAAACACAAGAAACUCAUGGAAUUGAAACUGUCGUCUCCUUCUGUUACACAUUUCCUGUCUUCUAGUUCGGAAAAUUUAAGGUAG